AUGUUACCAGUGAUUCUUCAGCGCAUGAAAAUGGACGAUGAAUACAACGAUCAUACCGGUGAGGGACCAAGCUCGAUUCAUACCUCUGAUGUGCAGUGCUUGCCUUCGCAACUAUCGUGGGAUUCAUGUGGUCCCGCGCACCAUGCACACUACGCAUCGUUAUCGCGUCUCUCCAUUAGUGAACGUGCUGGACCUUCCCGCUCUCAAGGCGGACGAAUCCGACAUGCUCCUAACCGAUCGUUGCCUAGAGGCGACUGUUUGCUUAUGAAAGAGACUGCUGCUGAGCAACAGCCAUCUGCACCGAUCAGCAUACCCGAACCGCACGACGAAUACCAUCCUCGUUCUUUAUCGCGAAGUUUUUCCUCUUACUCUGCUGCCAGUGGGACUAGUGAAGGAUUUCCUUACACGCCAAAAAUGGGCACAUCAGAGAUCAGUAUAGAUGAAGAACGCGGCACAGGCUUGGAGACUCUACCGAGGAAAUCCCCUAUGCAAGUUUCAUCGCUCCUCUUGCCUGAGGAUCACGAGCGAUCACCUAACGGCCCGUUUUCACUUGCACAGUUUUACGGUGAACCAUCGUCUUCUGCCGAAAGCAGACCUCCGGAGACUGAAGCCGCAAUAUCUAUUCCUAACAAAAACUUUGUAUGCAAAUCAAAACCAUCCAACUCGCAUGCUGGAAAGUUCGAAUGCAGUUACUGUCAAAAGCGGUUCUCGCGACCAUCUAGCCUACGAACACACAUACAUUCUCACACAGGCGAGAAGCCAUACCGGUGCGAUGUACCAGGUUGCGGUCGAUGCUUUAGUGUUCAUUCCAAUCUUCGGCGUCACCAGAAAAACCACAGUUUGUCAAGUCUUACCCCUAUCAUACACCAAGAUAUAACGCCGCCGCAGUAUCAGUAA